AUGGUCGGGGUGGUCAGGCGACAGUACUCACUGGCGCGGCCCGAGCAGAUGGCCAGCCAGUACCUGCCUGGCCAGCCUGAUAUCAGCCUGCGGGCAACCCUUCCAUUGAGCCUGGUUUUCAGUAUCUGCAGCGUCACGCGCCGCCGGGGCCCCGCGCGCAGCGACGGCGCGAUGGAGACGGCCGUCCUGGACUCCCUCUGCGGCCUCGAGGCGCAUCAGCUCGACAUCGAGGGUUUGCUGAGGAAGCACAAGGUGGCCCUGGAGAGGCACAGGCUGCUGGUGGAGCGGGCCGUGGACCGCGCGGCCAACGGCUCCUACAGAGGCUCUUCCGCGCCGGGCAGCCCGCUGGACGACAUCGCGGGGAGUCCAGCGCUGCCUCUGAAGGCACGCGGGUGGAGCCCCUCGGGCGGCAAGGAGCCUUCGCCGAGACCACGAUCAUUCAGCUGGGGGCGCGGGACAGAGACUACGACGGACGAGGAGGACUCAGACGACAGCGAGACAGCCUUGGCACGAAGGACCCUGCUGGCCCGAGCGAAGCAGAGCUUCCGAGACUUACGCUUGACUGUGACAUCCAACCUGGCGCACAACCUGUCGACUCUCAUCGAGGACAGUGUCGCGAAGAAGCAGCUCACUAUCAAGCCCCGCAAUCAAGUCCAGGCGUGUCUAUUACACUCGCUUUCGCGCCGCCUUCUAUUCUGGCGACCGCCAUGCCAUACCAUUGGCACGAGGGUCAAGAACAGCCUGAGACUUGGAGGGGUACCCUGA